GUGCCCUAUCGUCCCUACCGCUUUUGCGCUCCUGCCAGCUUGAUGGGCAACUUAAAUAUUACUCCGCGGUGUGUUAAAUCUUGCAGUUGUACAUUAUAUUAAAGUAGUCCUUUGCGGAGGAGGACGGGUAGAGUCUCACCUCUGUCGCCCGAGAUGGCGGGAGAGGAACGGGCACGAUGUGGAGGAGAGGCCGGGGAUCCGCCUGAGGCCCCUGUGCGGGUACUACAGAGCUUGCGUGGAAAGAUAUGUGAAGCAAAAAAUUUACUACCUUAUCCCGGACCAAACAGAAUGAGAGACUGUUUUUGUACAGUGAACCUGGACCAGGAAGAAAUCUUUCGAACAAAAGUUGUAGAGAAAUCUUUAAACCCAUUUUACGGUGAAGAUUUUUUCUUUGAGAUCCCAAGGACGUUUCACAAUUUAUCCUUUUAUAUUUAUGAUAAGAGUGUUUUACAGAGAGAUCUGCGGAUAGGCAAAGUUUCCAUUAAAAAAGAUGAUUUGUCCGAGUGUGGUGGAAAGGAGACUUGGUUACCACUGCAACCCAUAGAUUCAAACUCAGAAGUGCAGGGAAAAGUCCACCUAGAGUUGAAAUUGAAUGAGCUGAUCACCGACAAUGGAUCUGUACAGCAGCUUAUGGUACAAGUACUGGAAUGUGAAGGGCUACCUCUUGUGAAUGGCCAGACUAGUGAUUCCUAUGCCACAGUGUCUCUUGCUGGCCCUUCGAGAAAUGACCAAAAGAGAACAAAAGUAAAGAAGAAAACCAGCAACCCACAAUUUAAUGAAACAUUUUACUUUGAGGUGACCAGAUCAAGCAGUUACACCAAGAAGUCCCUGUUUCAGGUGGAGGAAGAAGACAUUGAAAAACUAGAAGUGAGGGUUGAUCUGUGGAACAACGGGAAUCUUGCUCAGGAUGUUUUUCUUGGAGAGAUUAGAAUUUCUGUGAAGGUUUUAAGAAGUGACUCUUCACACAGGGCAUGGUAUCUGCUACAGCCGAAAGAUAAUGGGAAUAAAUCUUCCAAAUAUGAGGACCUUGGGUCUUUGCGGCUUAGCGUCAGCUAUGCAGAGGACAAUGUGUUGGCAUCAAGCUAUUACGUUCCUCUUAGAAGCCUAAUUCUAAAAUCACCUGACAUUCAGCCCAUCUAUGCUUCUGCUGCUCAUAUUCUUGGAGAUGUUUGUCGUGAUAAAUUUGAUGCAGUCCUUCCUCUUGUCCGGCUCCUGCUUCACCACCAAAAACUGGUCCCUUUUGUGACUGCUAUUGCCCAGCUUGACCUAAAUGAGACACAGGAAGUAAACACGAUCUUCAGGGGUAACUCGCUUGCUACCCGCUGCUUAGAUGAGACCAUGAAAAUUGUGGGGAACCAUUAUCUUAAAGUGACCCUUAAACAAGUCCUUGAUGAGAUUUGUGAUUCUCCAAAACCCUGUGAAAUAGAUCCAAAUCGUCUUAAAGAAGGGGACAAUAUUGAUAUUCACAAGGACAACUUGAGAUACUAUGUUGAUAAAGUCUUUUACAGCAUAGUAAAUUCCAGCAAGAGCUGCCCCACUUUGAUGUGUGACAUAUUCUCCGCCCUCAGGCAUAUGGCCAUCAGGCAUUUCCCCAAAGAUCCCCAUGUGCAGUAUUCUGCAGUCAGCAGUUUUGUGUUCCUGAGGUUCUUUGCAGUGGCCUUAUUGUCCCCACACAGUUUCCACCUUCGACCGCAUUGUCCAGAUUCACAGACAUCUCGGAUAUUAACUCUACUUUCAAAAACCAUCCAGACAUUGGGAUGUGUUGGAAAUCUGUCAAAGAGUAAGUCGGCAAGUUUUAAAGAGCCGUUUAUGUGUGAUUUCUUCAAGAUGUUUGAAGAGGAGACCUACACAUCUAAUGUUAAAAAGUUUCUAGAGGAAAUCUCAUCUACUGAAAGUAAAGAACCAAGUGGAAUGAAUGAGUCAGUAACUCUCAAAGAAGGUGAAAUGUAUAAACAUGCUCACGGUCGGACCCUACGUUUUGGAAUGAAGAAUUUUAAGAAACGAUGGUUUUCUCUGACAAACAGAGAACUCGCAUAUCACAAGCAGAAAGAUAAAGAUCCUAGGUUCACAAUUCCCAUCAAAAAUAUCCUGGCAGUUGAGAAGCUGGAUGAGAGUGCCUUUAAUAAGAAUAAUAGAUGUUCCAGCUGAUGUGACUUUGGAUGUAGAUGUAGAUCGUGAAUGUGAGAGAAUCUAUUCCCUCUUCAGCAUAAGCAUGCCAAAGUUACAGAAGAUGGAAGAGGCCUGUGGAAGUAUAGCUGUGUAUCAGGGCCCUCAGAAGGAGCACAGCGAGUACUCCCAUUUCACCAUAGAAGAUUCUAUUGAAAUCUUCAAGACUCUCAAGAACAUCAGAACAAUUGUUGAGAAGCUAAAUGAACCACAUGAGAAGUUUAAGAAGGGAUCGACCAGUGCAAAAUAUGGCAGCCAAGAAAAUCCAAUUGUCGGAAAGGGGUCAUAGCAGUCUUACAAACUAGAAAAGGACAGUUGAACAGUUUAAAACAGCAGGAAGAUUCUUGACUAAUAUCUGACAUGGAGUAGGAAACUCUUUGCUCUUGUAACGACUUGGCAGGAAACUUAUCUGUUGUAAGUCAGACAGAGAUAACUGGUUGUAAAUAACCAAGAAAAUCAAUAUUCCACUUGUGUUUUAUGCCAGCCAUAAGGACUGUUUUAUUUGACUUCGUUCCCACUGCAGGCGGUGCUUUUCAUUCCUGGUCUUGGUUUAGAGGCCUGCUGCUCCUGUUCAUUGCUCCACUACUUCAAGGUAACUUCUUCCCCUGUCUUUACUCCAUUUUGGGCUGCAUUGUUAAGAAGUUGAAGUUGCCACAUUUGAUUUACUCGAAACACGAUGGAAUUUCUUUUAAGAGCUCAAGAUGAUCAUUCACCCGAACCUCUUAACAUUUAUAUCAGGAGCCAAAAUUUAAUCAAGAGGUUUGUGGGUGCAUGCUGAUAAAAUAAAAGUGAAAUUAUUUGGAUAUUAAAUAAUACUGCACAAAAUAAACAUCCGGUUUGACCAUCCCAUGAAAAAGUGGACACAUCAGAGAAUUUUAGAUAUGAACUAAACGGUACAAAUGUUUUUCUUUUUAAUGUUAUUUAUUGUUGGUUUUUGUAAAUUUGCUUCUUCUUUUGCUUCUUGUUCUUGGCCAAAAGAUUUCUUUUAUUAAAACAUAUAUUUAUAUUUGUGUAAAAUCAUCAGCCUAAAACAGGCUUCUUAAAUUAUCUAUAUCAAGUUUACUUUGCAGUCUCUGGCUAAAAUGAAUAAUACUUCUAAUUUUCAAAAAUACACCAGAGGUUGUAAACAUUUGAAAUGAUUAGCUAAUUUACUUCGUUUUUAAAAGCAGCUCAGUAGACUUUAGUGCUUUAAUAUGACCUUUACAAUGUAUGAAAAUGUUGAGGUACUUAAUUUUCCAUCUUAGAAUCCUUUGAUACGUAGGCCACCUGGACAAUGUAAGUGGUUAAGAAAAGCUAAUGACCACUACAAUUCUUAUGUCUUCUGUGCGUUCUUUUUUUUUUUUUUUUUUUAUUAUUAAAAAAAAAAAACCUUUUUGGUGUGCCUCCAAAUUUGUAGGGAUUGCUGCUUUUAAAAGUCCUGGCAUUUAAUAAUGAGGUAUGUAAGUUGAGCAAUUUUUUUUAUAGAGAAAAAGCUUUUUCUGGCAAAUGAGCAAGGUAUUCUGCUCAGAGCAUAGAACUCCCCUGCAUACUUGAUUAGUAACACUUGGAAUAAGGAUGCCUGGAUAUUGGGUUGUUGCCUCUGUCGUGACCACUCAGAGCACUUUAGCGAUCUGGUUUGUGCCAGAUUAUGUGUAUUACAUGUUUUUGUUUUAGAUACAUACUGUAUCUAGUUUUACUAUCUUUAUGAUCAGUUACAUGAUCAAUGUUAUUUUAUUUUGGGGGGAAAUAUACAUUGGCUAAAAAAUUAAAAAAAAUCUUUCAGACGUUUAUUGUUUAGAGACCAAAGAUGAUUUAAUAUUUUAUUCUUUUAAUAUUUGUCUUAAUCUUGUUUUCAGCCUUCAGCAGGCAAGCUUUGCUUUGCCAGUAUUAAUUUGCCGGUACUGCUUUCUUCAUAGAACACUGUUAUUAUAUCCAGUAAUAAUUAAAGCACUCUGGGUAUCUGGGCAUGCAGUAUGUACCUUUUGGCUCCUUCGCACCAAAUGGGUUCUCUAUUAUUUAUAAUGCACUGUACUUUAUCUGGUAUAAGGUAGUAAAACUAUUUUCUGUCAUAAUAGACUAGUCAAGUAAUAAAAUGAUAAAUGUAAUUAUAAUGGAGAAUUUAAGAUAAGUGAGGGUUUUCAUAUUGCCACAUGCCAAUCAUAAAAUUACAGGGUACUAUUUUUAUUUCUGUUCUUCUAGGUAAGUCAUUUUUAACUUGCACCCCCCAUUAGGGAUAGAGAUUAGAUGGUAACUUGUGUAAAUAUCCACAAUCUGUUGCCUGGUGUUCUGUAUUGAGAAGCAUUACUGCAGCAAGAUCUGUUGCUUUCAGUUAGGUUCUAGAACAAACCUAUGAACUGUGUUCAAGGUGACAAACAUGUCUCACUGUUAAAUAUAUUUACCUAGAAAGAAAUAAGAAAACAUUUGUUUUAUAAAAAUAUUUUUCUGUCAAAAUCAAUAAGAGCACCAACAGUGAAAUGCAAUGUCUUGGGUAAUAAUUCACUCUGCCAUAUAUUGCGCAGUUCUUGGGCACAUAGGCUUGAAGCCAUCAUGAGUACACAAUGCAUUGUAGAACCUAUAACAUCUACAGUGUUUCAACCAAAUUUUAUGAAACAGGGAAAGAUCCAACUGCAAUCUUAACCUUAAUUAUAAACCAGAAAAUAAACAUUCCUUUCUAAGAACAUUUACCAUAACUUAGUUUAUGAAGUUUAGAGAUUUACCAAUUUAAAAUAGACAUUUAAAAUGCAUAUGUUUAUGGGCUUUUUUGGCUUGGACUAAAAACUGGUGUCUUUUUAAUGACUUGUUGAUUUCUUUUUUCCUUGGAAUGAAUGAAACACCAUAAGAUCUUGUAUUUCUUUAUUUUUUGUAUGCACAGUUUUCUAUAUAGCCUGGCUGAGAAAUGCGCCAUUGCUGUAACAGAUUUAAAUUUCAAAGACAUUUUAUCUACAAUGCUUUAAGAUCAAAGAGAAAUGAGGACCGUUGAAAAAAAAUUUUCUCAGUGGGUUCAAUGUAAUUAUUUUACAGUUUUCUAAGAGGCCUGAGAAUUAACUGCAUAACCACAAGAUCUACUGCAUUUUUAUCAGAAAUUUACCAGUGCACAUAAGUAUACACAUUUUAAUUUUACAAUAUAUACUAUCUCGGACGUUUUAUUUAUCUUUAAAGGGGUAUCCUUACUCACACACAAAUUCUGCCAGUUAUGUUCUAUGUUUUGAAUAAUAUAGCCUUCUCUUUGUGUGGAUCUCUUGCUAGUGUGACACUCCAUAUGCAGUUUGGUCCCCAAAAAUGUUUUACUUUUUGGUAGUGUGCAAAUGUAGUCUGGUAGUUUGGUAGCUUAAAUGCUCUUUGUGUUAUCAAACCUUUUGGACUCUUAAAAACACACUGGCUGAUUUUACUGACCCAGCUAAAACAAAUAUUUUUUUUUUUCUGUUUGGUGCACACAUUAUCAUUAAAUCAAUUUGUUAAAUUAAGCAAUAAUUUUGUGCUUAAAGGGAUAGGAAAGUCAAAAUGAAACUUGCAUGUGUCAGAGCAUGUAAUUUUAAGACACUUCUAUUUUCAAAUGUACUUCGUUCUCUUGGUAUCCCUUGUUGAAAAAGAAUAUGCACAUAUCCUACACUAGUGGGGGCUAUCUGCUGAUUGGUGCCUGCACACAUUUGUCACUUGUGAUUGGUUAACAAGAUGUUUAUCAUGGGAAGAAAAACUUUUUUGGUUUCCUGUCCCUUUAAGUAACAUUUAUAAACAACAGAAACUGUUAGAAUAAUUCAUGUAUUCCACUGUCCCUACCCAGCUAUUUCAUGAUGCCAUCCAGCUGACAAUUUGUUUUGUGGAGAAUGCUGCAAAGUCAAUGUGUAAGCAUAGGGGCUGGGUGAGUUUUAUAUAAAUAUCAGUAAUUUGCUUACAAUAGUGGCUAGCACUUGCUAAUUUUAGAGAUUUUACUUUUAUAAUAAGAGACUACUUAAGUGUAAAUAGAUAUUUGGUGAAAAGUUUAUAAUGUUUUUACAUUCAAGCCUAUAUUGUGAGUGUCCUCACAAUACACUGAUUGGGACAUAAAACCAAUUUUUUUAUUUCAUGAUUCAGAUAAAGCUUUUCAAUUUACUUCUAUUUUUAUAUCCUUUGUUGAAAAGGAUACAUAGGCAGACUCAGUAGCUGCUGAUUAGUGGCUGCACAUAUAUGCCUCAUCAUAUUGGCUCACAUAGUACACACAGUACACACAGCUAGCUCCCAGUAGUGCAUUGAUGCUGCUUCAACAAAGGAUACCAUGAGAAUUAAGUGAAUUACAUAAUGGAUGUAAACUGGAAAGUUGUUUAUAAUUCUCCUCCAUCUGAAUCAAAAAAGAACAAAUUGGGUUUUAUGUCCCUUUAAGCGUUAACUUUUUACAGUUCUUCUAUUUAUGGUGAACAAAAGGACCAUCUACAAAAACAAAGGAACUGCCAAUCCUUCUUUUUACUAAUCAAUAGUGUUACUAAAAGAAAAAGAAAUUAAUGGAAAAUGUGCAUCACAGCAGAUCCACCAAAGAGAAUCUUGGCACAAAAAACUUCAUUCUUUUGUAAUUAUUAUUAUAAUUUAAGUGUAUUUAAUCCAGGCCUAAAAGUUCCAUAAUAACAUUGCCUCUUUUAAGACACACACUUAGACAUUUACGUUUGCUUUUCAUUAAGAAAUUGUGCCUUUGUUUAAAGAAUAAUGAUUUGGAACAAGCCAAUGAAAGAUUUUUGUAUUUGCAUAGGAUAAUCAGCUAUGAAACUGAAUAGUUGGACAGACAAAUCAUUACAUAUAAUGCAAUAAGCUGCCUCAAAUGUAUGAAUGUAUUUUUCAUGUACCAAUAUUCUCCACAUCUAAGCAAAGCCGGAACCUGGCACUGCUCAAUUAUUUACUUUUUCAUUGAUUCUACCAUGUGUGAGAGAGAAAUGGUUAGUGGUGAGUAACCCUUUAUGGUAAUUAGGAAUAAUUUGAUGACCAAUACUUAGUGCAGGUUUUUUUUUGUUUUGGUGUAAUGUUUACCUAAUUUUCUAAACACCCUUAUUAUACCCAUCACUGGAGUCUCUAUUGUAGACACUAGGGAUUGUACCAGUCUCUUCUCAUAGUUACCCAUUAAAUAUAAUAUAUUGAACCACUGUUUAGUCACUGAAGGGUUAUGAAUCACUGAUAGAUUUAAGAGCACAAUAAAUGAAUAAUCUAUUAUUACAAAGUAUAGGGGAUUACAAAGUAAUGCCCAUUAUACAUUUGUUAAAAUUGUAAAAAAUAAAAAAGUGCUUUGCCAGAUUCCUAGGCUGCCUCUAUUUGAUGUUUUUUCCACAUUAAACCAUGCCUUAUCUUUUUAAUACUUUACUGCAUCAUCUCACUAAGAAAUUUAAAUUUGUUUAUAUUUGAAGAAUUGCAUAAUUGUGUGUCUUUUUUUAAUUUAAAUUGCUUUUAUUUUCUUACGGAGAAUAUUUUGUGUUUCCUUUUUGUAAACUAUUGCUUGAAAAACAAUCUGCACCCAAAUAAAGUGUUGGAAAACAAA